AGCUAGCUCUCUCACCCGGUCUGUGCCUGACUUGGAGGCGGUGUCUGGCCCAGAGGAAACAGGGCCCCCUGUCCCUUUAAGCAGGGAGUACAAAUUCCCAUCCCAGCCCCUCCCUCCUGCUCUUCCUGACGUCAGGAGGAGGGCGUGUGUGAGUGAGUGAGUGAGGGGCUCGAGGUGCCGCAUGCUCACACACACACACACACACACACACACAGAUUCGUACACACAACACAUCCUUCAGACCCAUCCCCUGCUGGCCGGCGCGGAGCACGGAGAGAGGCAGAGCGCGGACGGCGGCGGGAGCCAGUGCCGGGACCUCGCUGCCAGGGAGAGUUUCUCAGGGAAAGUUCUUUUGGUAAAAACUCCAGCCGUGUUUGAGCUGAGCCAGGAACAGAACUUAUCCUCAUGAGAAGAGCACCGUUUGCCGUCAGAGGGACCUGGGCUCUUGACACUCACCUGCUAUGUGACCUUGGGUCAUCCAGGCACUGAGCGGGUGAUGAGGGAAUUUCUAUCGAUGAGCAUUGAUGAUGACAAUUCACUGGGUGUCUCUGAGAUGCGGGAUGCUGUCACACACACUCCAUCAGUGACUCCCCAGCAACCUUCAUGACGGAGCCUGCGGCUGGUGCGGCUGCCGAGCAGGGCCAGGCCGGGCCCUGCCCGCAAGGACGCCCAACCUCUUCGCCGGCCCCUGAGCCCGGGAGCCCACCAGGCUCCCUUGCUGGACCCGCCAUGACUUCAGAGCCCACGUCACCCCCAGUAGUGCCCCCACUCCACUCCCCCAAGUCUCCUGUCUGGCCCACCUUCCCCUUCCACCGAGAGGGCAGCAGGGUCUGGGAGCGGGGCGGCAUCUCAUCCAGGGACCUGCCCAGUCCUCUGCCCACCAAACGGACCAGGACGUAUUCAGCGACAGCCCGUGCCUCGGCUGGCCCCGUGUUCAAGGGCGUCUGUAAGCAGUUCUCACGCUCACAGGGCCACGGCUUCAUCACCCCCGAGAAUGGAUCCGAGGACAUCUUUGUGCAUGUAUCUGACAUUGAAGGGGAGUACGUGCCCGUGGAAGGCGACGAGGUGACCUACAAGAUGUGCCCCAUCCCACCCAAGAACCAGAAAUUCCAGGCCGUGGAGGUGGUGCUCACCCAGUUGGCCCCACAUACUCCCCACGAGACGUGGUCCGGCCAGGUCGUGGGCUCCUAGGCUGGGGGUUCAUGUGUCAGCCGCCGGGUGGGUGGGGAGCUACGCAGGGUAGAUGGGCAGCCACGGGCUCCAGGCCCCGCUGCACUGGCUGGCCCGGUCCCCUGGGUGGCCUCGGCGUACACGUCUGUCUGUCUGUGCUUGUGGCUGUGAGCACGUGCCUCCACCCACCCGUGACCCGUGACUGUUGUGUGAGCUGGACCAAAGGGGAGGGCCCCAGAUCUGCCUUCUGUUUGUCCGCUCUCUCCUUCCCCUCCCUGCCACAUCCACACAGGACCCUUUCGCCCUCCUGUCCACUGAGCCCCUGAGGGCCUGUGUCAGGCCUGGGCCUGGGAGGCAGGGGGCACCUGUGAGGCCCUGUCCGAGCAAGUGCGUUCCCCUUGCCUCUGCCCCAGGCCUGGCCCAGGGACCACGCUCUGCUUCUGCUACUUACACCUCCCACCCUGGGCUGGGGUCUCCCACGGUGGCCUGUACCCCUUCCCUCAGAAGCCAGGCCAGCGAGAGCUCUGGGGAGCCUCCCAGCCUCUGGCAGGGGAAGAGGGCAACCCUUGGAAUCAGACAGACCCCUCCUCACUGCCACGGGCCCAGCCUCCCUUCCUUCCAUCUGCUCUCUUCUCUCAGCAUCCCAGAGAGGCAGGCAAGAAGGAGCUGAGGGCAGAAGGUGGUUUUGGGGUCUCGGUUUUCCUGGCCACGGUCCCUCCUCCUCCUUGGCCUGGCAAUGGCUCUGCAACUCAAGGCUGUGUCCCCUCCCCUGGGCUGCGUUGAGCUGCGCUGCCACCACUCUCUAAGACACGGAUCUGUGGAGGGGCGGGGGCACAUCUCCCCCACCUUGGAUGGAACCAUCCCUUUCGCCCUGACCCACGAACUCCGCUGACGCUCUGCCCAUGGCCAGAUAUGGCUGCUGAGGACCUGGCGAUGCAGACGCACGUCCCCUCAGGCAGAGCCAGGCAUGGGCACCCACACAAUGGCCCUCAGCCUGCAACCACCAGCCCUGCAGGCCCUUGCUGGACCCUCUCCCCACAGCUACAGCACUACUGCUGGCCCCCACUAGGCCAGAGGCUGAGGUGUGUGGUCCCGAUCUCAUGUGUUGAGUCCCUUAAGGUGUGUGUGUGUGUGUGUGUGUGUGUGUGUGUGUGUGUGUAUUCACUCUUGGGUGGGGGGUUGGUCAGGCCUGGGAGGCCAGAAAGGAGAGGCUUCACCUCCAUCCCUUCAUCACCACCACACUCCUCCCCAGAGAACACAUCAUUUGAGAAAUGGGGGUCGAGGGAAGGCCUGCCAGGGACAGUGACCCUUGUGAGACCGGGUCUGUGAGUAAAACAGGGGCUCAAAUGCCCAGGAUGACGGGUAUCUGUUUAGAAGGAUCCCCGGUGCUGCAGGUGCCCCAAGGCCCAAGGGGUAGAGAUAAGCUGGGGUACGUGCCCCCCACCCCCAGUCCCUACCAGGCUGGGGGCGGUCAGAGCUGCUGAGAAACUGAGAACGGCGCAGCUUGACAGCCCACUCUGAGCUGGAGGUGUUCCGACAAGACCUGAGGACUUGCCCCAGAGGAACAAGGACUCCCUGGCUUCCUUGGUGGAAGGUUUAUAGGUGCAGGUUAACUCCUGGGAGCCCCCCAAGACUCCCUCCUGUGAGUAGACCCCCCAUUUUUAGGCAUUAGCCAGGAGACAGGAUGUGGCAAUAUCAGCCCCAGGGCUGCCUGGGAGGCAGAGGGGCGGCAAUGCCCCUCCAAACCCAUAUCCCCACAGUGUUGAGUCAGAAAUCCUCCCAAGACCCCCAGCCGCCUGGACUCCCCCCUCCCCGGCCCCCCCAUCCUUCUUAACACUGGCAAUAAACCCUCAACUGUGACUCA